AUGGCAAGACGAAACAAACGGCACAAUAUCUUAGAUUUCCACCCUUCACUGGCAGCAGAAAAAUGGGAUGUUAUUAUCAUUGGAAGCGGAAUUUCUGGUCUUACGACAGCAGAAUUACUAGCAGCGUCCGGCAAGAGAGUACUGGUCUUAGAACAACACGACCGAGCUGGUGGAGCAUGCCAUAAUUUUGAACUGGAGAAGUAUGAGUUUGACGUAGGAGUGCAUUAUGUCUCACAAAUGAAACCAGGAACAGAUAUCUUUCAUAUUUGUGCAGCGGUCAGUGAUUCUCAGGUAAAAUGGAAAGAAAUCCCAGACCCUCUUGAUACAAUAAUUAUUGGCCAAAAGAGAUACCCUCGAAGUAAAGGAGGUCUUGAGAGUUUUCGUAAACAACUCUGUGAAAUGUUUCCACCAGAAAGUGAUAAUAUUGAUGCAUAUUUUAAAUAUAUGUAUGCAUGUUUAAAAGAAGUCCCAUGGAUCUUCAGAGCGAAAUUCGCACCUGUGCCCAUUGUGAGAUUCCUCCUUAAAACUGGGCUCUUUAGCGUAUUUUCUAAUAUUUUCAAAAAUAUGAAACGAACACUGCUUGAGGUUAUGGAAGAGUAUGAGCUGACUCCUGACUUACAGACAGUAAUCAGCUACUACUUCGUAAACUACGCUGCACCACCGAAUAGAGCUUCGUUCCUUCAACAUUCCCUUUUCUUCCUCGAAAACGGAUUUUAUCCAGUUGGUGGCUCUAAUUCACUCACUUCUAAUAUCAUUCGCUCCAUAGAGAAACUAGGUGGGAGAGUCUUGGUUAAGGCUAAUGUGAAACGCAUUUCUAUUAAAAAUGAUAAGGUUGAUGGCGUUUUCGUUGAGCGUAGAGGAGAAGAGAGUUUCAUUCCUGCGCCAAUGGUCGUAUCGACAGCUGCGUUAACUCAUGUUUUUAAAGAUCUUAUACCAAAAACAGUUGCACAAAAGCAUAGUGAUUUUUUGUUGAUUCUGACUGUUGAAUUAAAAUCUAAAUUAUUGAUUUAUCAAAUGGCUGAUAAAUUGAACAAAUCAGAAACGAUUAAAGUCGGGGCUUUCCAAGCAUACAUUGGGCUCGAUGGGUCUCAAGAAGAUUUGCAGUUGCCAUCAAACAACUAUUUUUGGUUCAAAACUUCUGAUGUAAAUGAGUUUGAUAAAUAUUUAAGUCUUUCACCAGAAGAAGCAGUUGAUUACGGUUGCCCUCCUAUUAUUUACAUUUGUUUUCCGUCUGCUAAGGACCCCGAUUGGCAUAAGAGACAUCCAGGAGUCUCAACAUGCCAAAUAAUAACUCAAGUAAACCCAUCGUGGUUUGAAGAGUAUAUGGAUAAGAGUGGUAAAAGAACUCAGAAGAGGAUGAAUAAAGAAGACUAUACGCGACUGAAAGAAAUGAUUGGGAAUACUUUAAUAGACUGCUUAAUCAAAAAUUUUCCCGACAUUUCAAACAGAAUUGCAUACAUAAACUACUCGUCUCCGCUAACUCAACAGUAUUACAUGCAAAACAAUCAUGGAGAAUUAUACUCGCUAACCCAACAAGUGGAAAGAUUUUUACCUGAUGUGUGGUCGGAACUGAGGUGCAAGACAGACAUUCGUGGACUGUAUUUUUCAGGACAGGAUGUCUUUUUCUGUGGAGUCAGCAGCGCUUACAUGAACGGUCUUCUCACAGCGAGCACUAUUCUGGGAGUUGACCUACGGAAGCAGUUGCGGGAAGCAGUAAAGAAGCAACAAAAUUAUGGGACUUCUGAGUCGACUGAAGUUAAAGAGAAUAAAUAG